GCCCUUCUGUCUGCAAGGGCCUGCUGCCGGAGCACCUGUCUUCCCUAGGGCCUGGUGCUUUCUUUUAGCAUCUGGCCCCAGCUCCUGUUGCAGCCCGAAAUAAGGCUGUGACCCACGACAAGGCAAGAAUGAUUCUCGUCAGCUGAAGCCAGAGCUGGCUACAGGGCACACCCUGAUCACUGACCGCUGACCGCCGACUGUGACAGACACUGACCACGCAACUCUCAGCUUCCCGACAAAGGUGUUAAUCUUGAGGGUCGGAUACUCCUUCCUGACCACUGUGGUUUCACCCUCUCAGGAUGAUCCCCAAGGAGCAGAAGGAGCCAGUGAUGGCUGUCAUGGGGGACCUUGCUGGACCAGUCCCUACACUGGACCUGGGGAAGAAGCUGAGCGUGCCCCAGGACCUGAUGAUAGAGGAGCUGUCACUUCGCAACAACCCAGGAUCCCUCCUCUUCCAGAAGAGGCAGCGCCGGGUGCAAAGGUUCACCUUCGAGCUGGAGGAGAGUCAGCGGGCGAUCCUGGCCGGAAGCGCCAAGAGGAGAGUAACUGGAACCGCGGAGGCGGGAAUGGUGAGCGCCGAGGCGGGAAUGGUUGCCAAUGGCCCCGAGGGGCCGAACUACCGCUCGGAGCUCCACGUCUUCCCAGCUUCGCCCGGGGGUCCCGAGGACUCCCACCCAGCAGCGGUGUCGGCCCAUAGCCCAAGCGCUCUGGCGCCAGCUGCUUCUCCCGCAGGCUACGCGGAGCCCCUGAAAGGCGUGCCGCCUGAGAAGUUCAACCACACCGCCAUCCCCAAGGGCUAUCGCUGCCCGUGGCAGGAGUUCAUCAGCUACCGGGACUACCUGAGCGAUGGCCCAAGUUACACCCCCAACCUGCGAGACUAUCGGAAUUUCAACAAGACCCCAGUGCCAUUUGGAGGACCCCUCAUGGGGGAGACCAUUCCCAGGGCAGGCACCCCUUUUGUCUCGGAGCCCUUCAGUGGCUUGGAACUCCUCCGCCUCAGACCCAGCUUCAACAGGGUGGCUCAGGGCUGGGUCCGCAACCUCCCAGAAUCCGAGGAGCUGUAGUCCCAGGCUGAAGCUUCAAUUCCUCAGUCUCCAGGCUCAGGUAGUAUCUGAAGCCAAGACUCGUGGACAGCACUUCACAGUUUAUGAAGAGCCUUCACACACAAACCAUUAUUGCAAAUGGCCUCAAAGGUCACAAAGUUCAAUGGUCCCCAAAUGCAGAUAUGCUUCAAAAAUCACCUGGGGACCUUGGUCCUAACACAGAUUUCUGGCCUGCCCUAGACCUGUAGCAUCAGGAUUUCGUGAGUGGAGAAUUUCUAUCAGUAACUAAUACUCUAGGUGAUUCCUGUGUGACGGGGUCACAGUUAGUGUCUUUAGGAAUCCACAUCCAUGCAGCUUACACUCCUUUCCCUGAUGGUGGUGCACUCACUAGGAGCCCAUCUACCUGAGGAUAUCUCUGAUAAUUAGAAAGUUUUCCCUUUUACUGAGUUGCAGUUGGUCUUCAUCUGUGCAUGCUCUAAGUGUUUAC